CCACACAAAGGCUCUAUUUGGCAACUAUUUGUGCCACUUAGUUCACAUGAAUCAUGCGCAGUUCAUGCAUAAAUGUUCUAAUAAUGACCAUCACGAGUGUGUGUGGAUGCAGGCUAUGGAUCUGUUUGAUAUGAGUAAUGGCUAUUCAUCUCUGGAGGAAGGUGUCCAGAGAGUCAUAUGCCCCAUCCUGGUUCUGGGGGUUACUUCAGACGUGUUAUUCCCAGUCCAGCAACAGAGGGAUAUGAGCGAAGUACUUCAAAAAUCAGGGAACAGAAACACAACGUACUACGAGCUAACCUCCAUCUACGGGCACGACACUUUCCUACUGGAUGUCAUGAACGUAGGGACAGCCGUGAAGGGCCAUUUGGAAUCAACACUCACUAUUUAGCUUCUGGCCACAAUUGCCUCGUUUUUCAAACAGAUUUUAUAUCGUGCCCAGUUUUCUAGUGGGCUGACAGGAUUUGAGAUUUUACGGAUAUUCUGCACAGCCAAUUUUUUUUUUUUAUGAGCUAUAAUUUACACAGAUCAUAGUGGUGGGGAUGCCAAAACACUCCAAAUUUGGUUGUCGAAACUCCAGAGUGAUUUUUUAGAAAGCCGACAGCAUUUAAGAGAACAAUAGUUUGGGUUUCGGUGCGUGAUUUAUUAUCUGUGGAGAAGGUCUCCAGGACAGGAUACCGCGUUUCUCCACUUACGAGUGGCUCGCGAGUAAGACUGGUAGCCAGUGAGGAACGGGGCGAAGACGAGGAAGGAGAUGACGAAGAGAGGAUGAGAGCGAUACCAGAGUGUGGAUAGGAGAGAGAGUGGUCCGGGGAACUGCAUGUGCAGGGCGUCGAUGUGGAGCGUUGGAGCGAAGUUGGUAGAAUCGAACCGAUGUGUUAAGCGACUAGGAGACAGUGGAGUGGAUGCUUCCCUCUAAGACACACCCUCAAAUGAGGACACCUCUCC